AGUGGGUUGGCCUAAAAUAUUCAGGGCAAAAGAUACUAAUUUUUUUUAAGAUUUUAUAAAAUGAUAAUGACUUUUUUUUUUAUAUGUUUCAAAAAUUUCAAAGAUAUCAGCUUCAAAAAUAUCAAGAAGCUCUCCUAAUGUUUAUUAAAAAGAUUUUUUUUCUAUUUUUUUAGGAGAGAGGGUCAUGAUGUUUUUCAAAUUUUAGGGGAGGUUUGUAUAUUGCCAAAUCUAAGGUUAGUGUUUUUUUGUCCAAAUAUUAAUAAGAAAUACAUGUAACAUGCUUUAUCCUUUGAACAAAAAGUAUUAAAAAAAAAAGGAAAGAAUUUCACGACGGUGAAGUGCAGCAGCCAGCAGAUGACUGAGAUAAGCUUAGCUCUCCUGUGAGUCUCCCUCUGAAACAGCAUCAUCACCAACCAUUUUGGGGGACAUGUGAAGAGUUACAGAGGAGGAGAACAGCAUGCAUUCGUGCUCAAUUUCAAGAUCUCCACCCUUAACAUGUCAGUCUUCGUCUCUCCAAACCAAACCCAUCUCUCAAUUCCUAAUCUUCACGCUAAAUCUGCAUUCAAACCAAGCUCAUUUCUCGCACUGCAUCCCCCUCUCUGCAACUCUGAGGAGCCCUAGAGGGUUUGGACCAUCCCCAAAGAAAACCAAGAAGGACAAGAGGCGAAAGAAAAACUUCAGUGGUGAAGAAGACGAAGAGGAUGACGAUGGUGAUGAAGCAGAGGAAGGCAUAAUCCCAGAGAUUGUGACCAACAGGAUGAUUAGCAGGAUGGGUUUCUCAGUGGGCAUUCCUCUGUUUGUGGGGUUGCUCUUCUUCCCUUUCUUCUAUUACCUCAAGGUCGGGUUGAAGGUGGAUGUGCCCAACUGGAUACCCUUCAUAGUGUCCUUCUUCUUCUUUGGGUCAGCCCUUCUAGGGGUCAGCUAUGGGAUUGUGUCCUCCAGUUGGGAUCCCAUGAGAGAAGGCUCGCUCUUGGGUUGGAAUGAGGCUCAGAAGAAUUGGCCUGUCUUUUGGCAAUCUCUUUGGGGUAGAUCCGGAAAGAAGUAGUUCUUUUGACCUCUUAUUUGUCCGAAUUUGAUGUAAUUGUGCAGUGAGACCCUUGGAAUCACUAUAAAAGUUUGAAUGUAUUUGAUAGCCUCAUACCCUUAUUUAAAAUUUGCUGCUAUGGUAAAGGAUGUAUAGUAAGCAUUUGAUGAAACACUUUUGAUAUGUGCAUCAUUGUCCCUUAAAAUUGAGAUAUUUUGCCUC